AUGUGGAUCAUUGAUGUACGUCGACGUUCAGGUCAUUCCAUGUUCGUGCAAAUGGAGACCACGCCUAACGACGAUUCUCUCAAAUUCAUACCGGGCUUAGGUAUCGUGGGCGCAGGAGUAGCCGAGUUCCGCGCAUCACGAACAGCGUUAGAAUAA